GAUCAUCCAUGAGGCCGGCUACUCUGAGGAGGAGUGUAAACAGUACAGAGUGGUGGUGUACAGCAACACAAUCCAGUCUAUCAUCGCCGUCAUCAGAGCCAUGGGACACCUAAAGAUAGACUUUGGGGACGCCGCACGAGCGGACGAUGCUCGUCAGCUGUUUGUAUUGGCUGGUACAACGGAGGAGGGUGUGAUCUCAUCAGAUCUGACCGGUGUGAUACGGAAACUGUGGUCGGACAGCGGGGUCCAGACCUGCUUCCUGCGUUCCAGAGAGUACCAGCUCAACGACUCCGCAUCCUAUUAUCUGAAUGACCUGGACCGUAUUGCCCAACAGAGUUAUGUCCCCACCCAGCAAGAUGUGCUGAGGACCAGAGUCAAGACUACUGGCAUCGUGGAGACACACUUUACCUUCAAGGAGCUCUACUUCAAGAUGUUUGACGUGGGCGGCCAGCGUUCUGAGAGGAAGAAGUGGAUCCACUGCUUUGAGGGCGUGACAUCUAUUAUCUUCUGUGUGGCACUCAGUGACUAUGACCUGGUGCUGGCAGAGGACGAAGAGAUGAACCGGAUGCAUGAGAGCAUGAAGCUGUUUGACUCCAUCUGCAACAACAAGUGGUUCACAGACACCUCCAUCAUCCUCUUCCUCAACAAGAAGGAUCUGUUUGAGGAGAAGAUCGCCAGGAGUCCACUCACCAUCUGUUACCCUGAGUACGCAGGAGCCAGUACAUAUGAGGAAGCAGCAGCCUACAUCCAGUGUCAGUUUGAGGAUCUGAACAGGAGGAAGGACACUAAAGAGAUCUACACCCACUUCACCUGCGCCACCGACACCAAGAACGUCCAGUUCGUGUUUGACGCCGUCACAGACGUCAUCAUCAAGAUCAACCUCAAGGAGUGUGGACUCUACUGAGGGGGGACCAGGGAUCU